AGUUAUUAUUGCCAGCCACUUCCACCACCAUCAUCAUGAUCAUGACCAUGACCAUGACCUUCAUCACCUUUGCUCACAUUUGAGUGGAGUUUAUGCACAUGACUGCAUCAAAAUAUUAAACGAUCUACCUUUCUUGAAAGCAUUUAUUCAUUUGUUUGUUUAUUUUCAAGAAUCUUGUUCCUAUAAAUAGGGUGGGGGUACUUUCCUCGAGAAGUGUCGAGGCCUGUUUUCUCGCUCAAACCUCUCUCUGGGUUUUCUCCAGCGGUUGAAAUUCUCGGAAAUGGCUCUAUCUGCUUUUGCUCUUCCUUCUUACAUAAGCAGAGGAACCCCGACAGAUUCCUACAGAUCCACUUCUCUGUCUUCUUCUUCGUUCUUCUCUACAGAUCUUCCGUCUGUGCCCUCGAGAAACACCAACAUCCAUUCCAAAAGAAAGCCCGGUGGAGUUUAUGCCUCACUUGCAGAGAAUGGUGAAUACUAUUCCAACAGACCACCGACUCCUUUAUUGGACACAAUCAAUUAUCCAGUUCACAUGAAAAAUCUCUCUGUCAAGGAGCUCAAUCAACUGGCUGAUGAGUUGAGAUCCGAUGUGAUCUUCAAUGUUUCGAAAACGGGUGGACACUUGGGGUCUAGCCUCGGUGUUGUUGAGCUAACCGUGGCCCUUCAUUACAUAUUCAAUACUCCUCAGGACAAGAUUCUUUGGGAUGUUGGUCACCAGUCUUAUCCUCACAAGAUUCUGACUGGGAGAAGAGGUAAGAUGCAGACAAUAAGGCAGACCAAUGGACUUUCGGGUUUCACCAAGCGAGCAGAGAGCGAGUAUGACUCCUUUGGCACAGGGCAUAGUUCCACUACCAUUUCUGCUGGCUUGGGUAUGGCUGUGGGAAGGGAUUUUAAGGGGAGGAACAACAAUGUGGUUGCUGUUAUAGGUGACGGUGCGAUGACAGCUGGGCAGGCUUUUGAAGCAAUGAACAAUGCCGGAUACUUAGACUCUGACAUGAUUGUAAUUCUCAACGACAACAAGCAAGUCUCGUUGCCUACGGCUACUUUGGAUGGACCGGCUCCUCCUGUUGGUGCAUUGAGCAGUGCUCUUAGUCGGUUGCAGUCUAACCGACCUCUCCGCGAGUUGAGGGAAGUUGCCAAGGGUGUCACGAAGCAACUCGGUAGGCCGAUGCACCAAUUGGCUGCAAAGGUUGACGAGUAUGCUCGUGGAAUGAUAAGUGGGUCUGGAGCUACACUGUUUGAAGAACUCGGUCUAUACUAUAUCGGUCCUGUAGAUGGUCACAACAUAGAUGAUCUGGUGGCUAUCUUGAAUGAAGUCAAGAGUACCCAAACAACAGGACCGGUCCUUAUUCACGUCGUGACCGAGAAAGGUCGAGGAUAUCCUUAUGCAGAGAGAGCUGACGACAAAUACCAUGGAGUUGUAAAAUUCGAUCUGGCCACCGGUAAACAAUUCAAAACAAGUGCUAAGACUCAGUCUUACACAACCUAUUUCGCGGAGGCUUUGAUUGCAGAAGCAGAAGCAGACAAAGAUAUAGUUGCCAUUCAUGCUGCCAUGGGAGGUGGAACCGGCUUAAAUCUCUUCCAACGUCGGUUCCCCACGAGAUGUUUUGACGUCGGAAUAGCGGAACAACAUGCAGUUACUUUCGCUGCUGGUUUGGCUUGCGAAGGCAUUAAGCCUUUCUGUGCAAUCUACUCAUCGUUUAUGCAACGGGCUUAUGACCAGGUGGUGCAUGACGUUGAUCUGCAGAAAUUGCCCGUGAGAUUCGCAAUGGACAGGGCUGGACUCGUGGGAGCGGAUGGUCCGACUCAUUGCGGAGCUUUUGACGUGACGUUCAUGGCAUGUCUCCCGAACAUGGUAGUGAUGGCUCCAUCCGAUGAAGCCGAGCUUUUCCACAUGGUUGCAACUGCUGCUGCUAUAGAUGACCGUCCUUCUUGCUUCCGUUACCCGAGAGGAAAUGGCAUCGGUGUCCCACUUCCCCCUGGGAACAAAGGUGUUCCUCUCGAGAUCGGGAGAGGUAGGAUACUGAUGGAAGGCGACAGGGUGGCGCUAUUGGGCUAUGGCUCGGCGGUUCAGAACUGUUUAGCGGCUGCAUCCAUGCUCAAGGAACGGGAUGUGAAAAUAACUGUGGCAGAUGCGAGGUUUUGCAAGCCUUUAGACCGUGAUCUCAUUCGAAGCCUGGCUAAAUCUCACGAGGUUCUGAUUACAGUCGAAGAAGGUUCGAUUGGCGGGUUCGGAUCUCACGUAGUACAGUUCCUCGCCCUCGAUGGCCUUCUCGAUGGAAAACUCAAGUGGAGGCCGAUCGUGCUUCCGGACCGAUACAUCGAGCAUGGAUCGCCGGUGGAUCAACUGGCGGAGGCCGGCCUGACACCAUCGCAUAUUGCAGCCACUGUAAUGAACUUGCUCGGCAGCCCAAGAGAAGCUCUGUUUUGAAGGCCGUGGCCUGAAGAACAGAAAAAAAGUGUUCUUACAACAACAGAAACUGGAUUUAACUGUGAUUGGGAAAAAUAAAAUAAAAUUUAAGGUUAUGAUGAAUUUAGAAACAGGGUCGUUACGAACAGUAAGUAUCAGAAGAUCCUCUGCAACUGCCGGGAUUGGACAAGGAUGUUGCAGAAGAUGAGAAGAUGGAGGUUAUUUAAAGAGAGUGAAGGAAAAAAUGUCAAUAGAUUGUAAAUCUUAGCAUCUUUGUAUAAAACUAUAUACAAUUGGGUAUUUGUGGGCGUGUUAUAGUAUCGUCUCUCUUCUAUAUUUCCA